GAGGGCAUACUUUUACUUGCGACGUCAGCCUAACUAACGUGGAGCUUCAUGCUCGGACUAUUUGUGGUCGUGCCGCCUGUACCACCUGUUUUGGCCCUCCCGGCUGCAAACACCAUACGUCGUUCCGUUAGCCAUGUGUACGCAAUUGCCCAGCGAUCCAUAGUUUCUAAUUUGAACAAUCAGAAAGGCCGCCGCGCAACGACUAUAACACAAUUCCAUUACAGUUCCGGUCAUUCGCCGGCAUUACCCCUGCCUCCCUUUACAUCGGCGUUUGAGGGAGCCUACAAGCGUUCUCAAUUCACUCCACUCUCAGCAUCCCCUUACUCGCCAAUCGGCCCUGCCGCUGCUGGACACCAAACGUCAACCAUGAGGCUCACCAAGCUCAUGUCCUCCGCCGGGACAUCCUGCCACCGCACAGCCAGCCACGCCUCUUCCCUCCACUCCUCCCUCGCGCCCAAAGCCACACCGGCCGCUCUUCUUACCCUUCAGCGCGGCUACUGCUCCUCAGCCUCCUCAGCUACCUCCCCAGCAGCCGCAUCUAAAGCACAAGCACCCUCAGCCAACCCCAGGCGACAAGAAAAGACCAGCACCCCCAGCAGCACUCCCGCCAUACAACCACCACCACAACCGCCAACCGCCUCCCCCGCCCCGCUUCCCCGCCUCUCCGAGCUAGCAGCUGGGGGUGCCGAGCUCCUGAGCGACGAAGCUCUCAAGGCGCUGGGUGUACGGCUGCCCAGCCACUGCUGCGGCUGCGGCAUGCGGCUGCAGCGGCGGGACCCGGAGGCGCCGGGUUUCUUCAUCGUGCCCUCCCGCCUGCUGGAGGCUCGCCUAGAGGAGCAGGCGGAGCAGCAGCAGCAGCAGGGGCCGGCAGCAGCAGCAGCUGCUGGGGAGCAGGAGGCGGAGAGGGAGGAGGCGGAGCAGCUGAGGGUGCUGGAAGCGGCGCGGAGGGAGAUGGAUGAGGAUGCGGAGGCUGACGUUGCGUCGCUGGGUCCGGGUCGCGGGGAGGACGAUCCGGAUGUGCUGUGUCAGCGCUGCUUCUCACUCAAACACUCGGGGAAGAUCAAGGUUCAAGCCCUGGAGUCGGCGCUUCCGGAGUUUGAUCUGGGCAAGAAGGUGGGUCGCAAGAUCCACCUGCAGAAGGACCGGCGGGCGGUGGUGCUGUGUGUGGUGGACGUGUGGGACUUCGACGGAUCACUGCCGCGACUGGCUAUCAAGUCCCUCUUCCCGCCCAGCCCCCCCGACCAGCCUCCCCUCGAGCCCAAGUUCCGUCUCAUGGUGGCGGUCAACAAGUUCGACUUGCUGCCGUCGCAGGCAACUCCCACACGGGUGCAGAACUGGGUCCGCACCCGGCUGGUCCAGGCGGGUCUGCCUCCCCCUGACAAGGUCUUCAUGGUCAGCGCCACGCGGGGGCUGGGAGUGAAGGACAUGGUGCAGGACAUCCGUCACGCGCUGGGUUUCCGCGGCGACCUGUGGGUGGUGGGCGCGCAGAACGCGGGCAAGAGCUCGCUCAUCGCCGCCAUGAAGCGGCUGGCGGGCACGGCGGGGAAGGGCGACCCCACGGUGGCCCCCGUCCCCGGCACCACGCUGGGUCUGCUGCAGGUGCCGGGGCUGCCGCUGGGGCCCAAGCACCGCGCAUUCGACACGCCCGGAGUGCCGCACAGCCACCAGCUGACCAGCCACCUGGGCCUGGAGGAGGUGAAGAAGGUUCUCCCCUCCAAGCCGCUCCGCGGCCGCACCUACCGUGUGGGUGCCGGCCACACGCUGCUGCUGGGGGGUGGGCUGGCUCGGCUGGACGUGGUGGAGGCGCCGGGCGCCACCCUGUACCUGACCGCCUUCGUGUCGCAGCUGGUGCACCUGCACAUGGGCAAGACGGAGGGUGCUGCGGAGAGAUUGCCCCGGCUUGUUUCCCAGGGCCUGCUCUCCCCACCCGACUCACCCGAGCGUCUGGCUGCGCUGCCCCCCCUCACCCCCAUUGACGUGGAGGUGGAGGGUUCCGACUGGAAGAAGAGCACUGUGGAUAUCGCGGUUGCGGGGCUGGGCUGGGUAGGGGUGGGCUGCAAGGGACGCGCGCGCUUCCGGCUGUGGACCCUGCCCGGGGUGGCGGUGACCACGCAUGCAGCGUUGGUUCCGGAUUACGCGGAGGUGUUUGAGCGGCCGGGGCUGUCCACGCUGCUGCCCAAGGCGCAGAGCAAGGAGCACAAGGCGAAG